AUCCCCAUUAUUAUUACCAACUGGCAUAUAUUAAUAAUACUCCUGUGUCUGUCCACUCUCACUCACUCCCACACACACACACUCCCUAAUUAAUUCCCAUUACACGCAAACUACAUUAAACAAACACACACUCAACGUGCUCUGUUCCCAUUUCCUCUUUCUUCCUACACUCCUCCAAGAAAGCAUCCGAUCCCAUUCCUCCGCCCUUGCUGAGAUCUCCCCCCGCCACCACUCCUACUCUCUCUCACCGGAGUCGAAAAUGUCGAUGCAUGCAAAGACCGAUUCGGAGGUGACGAGCCUGGCGCCCUCGUCGCCCAACCGGGCGGUUUACUACGUGCAGAGUCCGUCGAGGGACUCGCACGACGGCGAGAAGACGACCAACUCCUUUCACUCGACUCCGAUUCUCAGCCCGAUGGGGUCCCCGGGCCGGCAGUCACGGGACUCGUCGUCGACCCGGUACUCCGGCUCGCUGAAGCCAGGGUCGCAGAAGUCGAGCAAUGGGUCGAGGCGGCACCACCAGCACCGGAAGGCGGAGAAGCAGUGGAAGGAGUUCGAUGCGAUAGAGGAGGAGGGGCUGCUGGAUGAGGAGGGGGGGAGGCGGGGGGUGCCGCGGCGGUGCUAUUUUCUGGCGUUCGUGGUCGGGUUUUUUGUGCUGUUUUCGUUCUUUGCUUUGAUCCUGUGGGGCGCCAGUAGGAAUCAGAAACCUGUCGUCGUCAUGAAGAGUAUAUUGUUCGAUCGAUUCAUAAUUCAAGCUGGAUCAGAUGCAUCCGGUGUAGGAACUGAAAUGGUGACCAUGAAUUCAACGGUGAAGUUCGUUUUUCGUAAUAGGGGUACAUUUUUUGGUGUCCACGUAACAUCCACACCGUUGGAUCUAUCGUUCUCCGAACUCACACUAGCCAGUGGGAUGGUGAAGAGGUUCUAUCAAUCAAGAAGAAGCCAGAAAACUGUGACAGUGAUGUUGAGAGGAAGCAACAUCCCACUCUACGGCGGAGGAGCCAACUUGAGCAGCCAAGAGGGGAAGCCAGUGGCGCCAGUCCCACUGAAUUUGAAUUUCACGGUCCGGGCCAGAGCUUAUGUGCUGGGACGAUUGGUGAAGCCCAAGUUCAACAAAAGAGUCCAAUGCUCUGUGGUUCUGGACCCCAAGAAAAUGAACGUCGCCAUUCCAUUGAAAAACUCGUGCACAUACUAUUGAGAUGCACUUCUUUCGUGUUUGUUAACACGGCCAGAUUUCGUUGGAGAAAGAAAGCUAAAUUGUUGAGAAAAAUUUGAAAGAAGGAAUGAACGGAAAAUUGAUCGAUC